GACGCAGGACCUUGCAGGGGAAUAUUUAAGCGCUUUUUUUUCAACAAAGUCACCGGUGCAUGUGAGGAAUUUGAGUAUGGAGGUUGUCAAGGAAACGCUAACAAUUUUGAAACUACCGAGGACUGUCUGGCCGACUGCCAAGCUGCCCGGAAAAAAUAGAAAAUUUCUAUUGUGAGAAAGAUAUUCACAUCAUAAGCAUGAAAAUCUAAAACCUAUUUCUGUAUUUGAUCUAUUUUAGGCAUUGAAAAAUUCCUUGUUUUGUAUUGACGCUAUCAGAGACAAAGUAAAUUUCAUACAAUAAAGUCAUCCUCUUUGAAAUAAGUUGUUUUAUUAAUUCCAUUGUUUAUUUGAGUGCAUGUUCUGGUUAUAUUGUUCAUUCAAUCGUCGUUUUAAAACUUUCCUUAGCCUUUAAAAGAAUGCAGAUAUAGUCCACACCAACAUUACACAUGGAAUUGAUUAUUUAUAUAGCAAGUUAAACACGGUCAACAAAAAUAUGACAACACAUAUUUAUUAACAAGCACAUAUUAAACAUAAUCAAAACAAUUUUAAUGCACAUAAUGUAAUUUGACAUAACAUGUAUGUCAUCCAUUUAUGAUUAUAAAUGUUAUAAUGACGUAAUCACGCAGCUUGGCGUCGCCGAUGUCUAAGUCAAGGGUAAAUUUUACACACUGGUUCAUAAACUUUUUCCUGCCACUGCCCCCUUUGGCAGUGAUAUGAAGUAUAAAAAGAAUGUAGAAUGAGGAAUAAAGGUUAUUGCUAAACACACCACAUACUUGAGUUGGUAUCUUGCAAGUUCUCAUUGUCUUAUCCAAUUAUAAGUACCAAAAAAUCCGAAGCUUGCAAGACUGCCUAUGGAAGACAAUUAAUGUACAAGUGUAAAACAUUCAAACAGUUAAUCCAAAUACCAAAGAAACUUUAUACUUUCAUGCAUUAAUUUGAUCAAGAAAAACGGAAUACUUUUUAAAGUAUUUUAAUUAAUGAGCAAAAGCUUUAGAUAAUAAUGUAAUAAGUUUCAGUAAACUAACUUCUUCACAGGCCAUUUAAUAUCCAUGCCAUUUAAUAUCCAUGCCAUUUAAUAUCCAUGCCAUUAUUGAGCUUUUCAAAGUCUGAUUUAAGUCUCUUAGCAGAAGCAUAAUUGCCUAUGUCUAUAUAUUUAUGCGAAUUCUUUUCUUUGUUCAUUCUCUAUCAAAUGCAAGAGAAUGCAACACAUCACCUUCCACGGUAGCUAAGACAGUUGGUAUUACUUCUUUAACUUCGGAUUUACCUCAAUAUCGUUAUACAAACUUUGUUUUUAGGUCCUAGUAGGAUUUAAGUCGAUUCUGCUUUUCCCUGCCGUGCUCUUUCUUUGGGCGUGACUGGUGCGCUUACUCUUUGAGGAUUGUGCUCUGACACUGAGUCUGCCCCGUCAGCUUGCACGAUACAUAGCAAGGGACUUCCACGAAACAAGGCCAAUGCCCGUGGAUUUGAGUGAAGCCUUUAGGCAGUCCUUGAGUCGUUUCUUCUGCCGACAAGCUGAGCAUUUCCCACUGAAAUGAGUUCACCGAACAUUAGUCGUUUGGGAAGUCUGCUGUCUGGCAUUCUUGCAACAUCUGACGUUGUCUUUUUUGUAGGAGCGUGUCAAUGCUGACAAAAUCAGCCCGUUGUUGGACCUCAUAUCAGAAACUCUGUUCUGCAACCUUAUGAAAAUAACUUUACAUAGAUAACGUAGGUGGAGAUAGGUUAGUUGUCUAGCAUGUCUGCUGUACACUGUCCACGUCUCGCUGGCAUAUAGGAGAGAUGUUAAUAUGAUUGCCCUAUAUACGUUUAGCUUAGUAACAAGACUGAGACCCCUUAGCUCCCAAAUAUUCUUGCGGAGUCUUCCAAAUGCAACAUUUACUUUAGAAAUUCCGUUAUUGAUCUCAUCAUCUAUUGUUACUGACCUGGAGAGUGUGCUGCCCAUAUAUGUUAAUUUUUUCAAUGCUUGGAUAUUCUGUCCCAUCACUAAUAUUUUAGGUUCUUUCUAAACUUUUCCUGGAGCUGGCUGGUGCAUGAUCUCUAAUAUUUUCUUUUCGUAUUGACUGCGAAGCCUUUGUUGUCGCAGGAUCAAGUGUUCACGGCAUUUUCAGUUCCAAGCUUGCAUUUAGGGCGCAGUGAUCAACAAACAAGAGUUAUCCAAUACCUUUAUGGAGUUGGCGUACUAUUGUAAUAAAAUCUACUCGGGCAGUCUAAAUUCUAAAUUUUCUUGCAAUAGUCAUAAGCUGACUUGUCCCUUUUCAGCAACAACGUGAUCAGAUCGAGGCGCUGUAGGAGUGAUUAGCGUAAACACAAACAUCCAAUGUGUGGACAACAUUGUUUGUCUUAACCAUGGUCGGCGCAAGCAUGUACGGCUAGCGUUGAAGCUGGGCAAAAGAUUUUUUCUCAAUCUUAGCUACACAAACUAACUAACUAAUUACACAAUGAAUUAUUAUCAACUAUAUAGAGCAUAUAUUAAUAUAGUAUAUCACGACAAGUGGCGCGGGAUAACAACUCUCUAAAUUCUACUUCACCAUUCCUAGGAUGGUUAUGACGUUUUUAGAUGACUAAAUCUCAAAAUGGCCACCACGUGUCCCGAAUUGUAGACGCUUGCUGAACAGAGAGUUGAAUAGCAAAACACAAUGAUCAUACUUAUCCAUUCAUUAUAAGAAAUUGAUAAGACAUUGACAUGACUAAAACAAACUUUGAAGGCAAUGUGUUAAAAUACAUGAAAAUUAUCGACAUCGACUGCUCAAACAACUGACGGGGUUAGAUUUGCCGGCUUUAAGUCUCAAGAAAUGACGAGGUGGUCUCUAUGACGUGAUGAUCUAGAAAGAACGCUUAUUUAAAUCCACCAUGGUAUCUGUAUUUAUAGUUAUCAAACGUGUCAUGGGCUGAUCUCAAGCUUGUGUUGAUCAAGAGCAAUAAAGUACAAUUUUAGAAACGUUAUUAAAAAGAUAUACACGGGUUAACUUACUUAUGGCCACACAAAAAAAGGAGGGUUGGGGGGGGGGGAUUUUGCCAGCUGUUCAUGAGACAGUUCAAUGCUAUUAGGGAAUUAUCGACCAAAUAAGUCAAUCAACAGGGGGAACUAAUACUAAAACAAACUAAUGUGGGUGUUGGGGGGUAUUUUAGCAAGGUAUUAUUCAUUCAUCACUGAACUGGUAUUUGAAUGUCCAGCUGGAUGUCAUCACAUACAUUUCAUCACUUCCUCUGCUGCAUCCAUCUUUCAAAUUAAAUACAUCUCUCCAUACUUCCAUCAAACGGCAUUCCUAAAUACGCUAAAAAUGCCCUAUGUAAUAUAUAAAAAAUGAUGUCACAGUCAGUUUGAUCCUUACAAUUCUUUUCUAGCUUGGUAAUGCUAUCAACACUGGCAUGGAAUUUUGAAACCACAGUCAGGGAGACAUUUUUUUGAUUUCAGAGGACUGAGCUCAUUCACAUGCAACCGAUUUAGAUUUUUUUUUUGUUAAGAGCUCUUUACAAUCAGAACCAGGAGAGGUAGUUGUGCCAACACACGUCCAUAUGAACCAAAGAACUCUUCAUCGUUCUCAGCACAGCGUCAAACCUAAUCCAUCACUUUGAACGUGUUCUCAAACUAAGUAACUGCAGUAAUAACGAUCACGUACUCCUGAUACAAUUCCCUCUGGUAAAUUAGAGGGACCACAAUCUAAAACCAGGGGCGUUAUUUCAGGUCUUUUCACGGGUGGGAGUGGCCGGGGGGGGGGGGGCAAAACCAAAACCGGUGCACCUCAAGUAUUACUGGGGGCAACGCCAUUUAAAUAAAACCUGGAAAUUCAAGGGGGGGGCCAAAUGCCACACCCUGCCCACCACAAUCUAAAACCAGGGGCGUUAUUUCAGGUCUUUUCACGGGUGGGAGUGGCCGGGGGGGGGGGCAAAACCAAAACCUGGUCACCUCAAGUAUUACUGGAGGCAAAGCCAUUUAAAUAAAACCUGGAAAUUCAAGGGGGUGGCCAAAUGCCACACCCUGCCCUAACCAAAUGACGCCCCUGUCUAAAACCAAUGAAAAUGACCGCAAUCUACUAUAGCUUACAGCUUACAGAAACAGUAACCAGGAGCGGAGUUACAUAAAGACAGGUCCUGGGCUAAUUAAAUUUUGGGGGCCAUUACAAAUCUCACCCCCCCUUUUUUCCGUGUUUCAAUCUUAGUUUAAUAGACAUUAAUAACUCCUGUUUAUCUUAGAUGUCUCCUAAACUUUGUUAAUAUCAGAACUUGGUUCGUAUAAACCUAGGAAACCUGGGAAAGAUUAUUCAAUCAUGAUACUUUUCACAAAGUUCAGACGUCAAGUAAAUGAACACCCAACUCAAUGCACCCAUGUCAUGAGCAGAGCUGUCUACGCACUGCGCACAGGAAAGACGUUCAUUUGGGUGCAUCCAACUCAAUGUACUCAUGUCAUGAGCAGAGCUGUCUACGCACUGCGCACAGGAAAGACGUUCAUUUGUCUGCACCCAACUCAAUGCACUCAUGUCAUGAGCAGAGCUGUCUACGCACUGCGCACAGGAAAGACGUUCAUUUGUCUGCACCCAACUCAAUGCACUCAUGUCAUGAGCAGAGCUGUCUACGCACUGCGCACAGGAAAGACGUUCAUUUGUCUGCACCCAACUCAAUGCACUCAUGUCAUGAGCAGAGCUGUCUACGCACUGCGCACAGGAAAGACGUUCAUUUGUCUGCACCCAACUCAAUGCACUCAUGUCAUGAGCAGAGCUGUCUACGCACUGCGCACAGGAAAGACGUUCAUUUGUCUGCACCCAACUCAAUGCACUCAUGUCAUGAGCAGAGCUGUCUACGCACUGCGCACAGGAAAGACGUUCAUUUGUAUGCACCUAACUCAAUGCACUCAUGUCAUGAGCAGAGCUGUCUACGCACUGCGCACAGGAAAGACGUUCAUUUGUCUGCACCCAACUCAAUGCACUCAUGUCAUGAGCAGAGCUGUCUACGCACUGCGCACAGGAAAGACGUUCAUUUGUAUGCACCCAAAACAACUGACAUCAAACGUUCAUGGCCGACCGACCGCACAGCCGCAGCACAAAAUCUUCAUUUUGAAUAGCAUAAAAAGAAAAACAUGAACGUGGAUCUCCGGAUCCAAGCCUUUCCCAUACGUUUCUUCCAUUAAAAACAUUUCACAAAUCCUUCACGAUUACGGAUAUCUCAGCACUUACGACACACUACAUCCUUGUACUACAUUGUGUCUUUAGUAAAGCUUCACCUUACUUGGCAACACUCAACACCUUUAUUGCAUGUGUACAGGCCGUGGGGUUAAUAUUUACACACAGGUCAAUGCCAGUGAAUUCUUGAUGACAUUUUCACAUAAUAAUAAAUUUGGACUAUUCUAUACUUCUAUAUGAUUGAGACGUCAUAGCCUUAGAGCAGUGAUUCCCAAAGUGUGGUACGCGUACCCCUGGAGGUACUAGAAGAGUUUGAGGGAGGUACGCGCUAAAAAAAAAAAGAAAAUUUUUUAUAAAUUAUGUAUAUGCAAUUUUUUUAACGAGGGGUUCUCGGUGUUACGAAAUUAUAGACAGGGGUACACAGUUGUCGAAAGCUUGGGAAAAGUUAAGCGACUUAACAAAAUAGAACAAAGUUAAGUGACUAGAGGAAAGGUACAAAGUCCAUUUCCUUAGAGAAAUAGGUCAAAGUUCAUAAACGUAGUCAGAAAAAUGGCCACAACAUUCGAUACUUAAAUCUAACGUAUCUAGAAUUAUCAUAAUCAGGAUCAUGGGUGGUGGUCACGUGUUACGCCUUACUUGCCUUACUUAGUUGCCGCAUGUCCCAUUUUGUCAUGAUCUAUCAGUGAAAAGGGUGACAAUGGCUAGGGCAACGUUUGUACAUACUGCAAAUGUUCUACAGCAGGCUGUGGCCACCUACUGGACGCGUGUCAGACCUGUCACGUAGAGCGAUUUUCAAUGACUCGUAGAGCUUCCGUAGGAGACCAAAUAUAUAUCUAAAAGACUAAAAAAUAAUAUCCCUGUGAAGAGUAGAUUGUUGGCACGCUGAAUGAAUUAUGUAUCACACGUGUGCACAAUAUUCAACACAUGGUCCAGAGAACUGUCCUGUAGCAGCGCAAAUAUGCUAAAAAGCUAUGUGCCUAUAAUAUAGCGAGUCAAUGUUACGUCCAAUAUGCUAACAAAAAAAUGUAUUGGAUCAUUCUGUAUUACAUCACCAAAACAUAUUUAAACAGAAAUUCAGCAAAGGAUUAAUAUUAAAUUCUAAUAAAUGCUAAUAAAUUAGCAAUAACUUCUACCAAACAAAAAGUCUCGCCAUGGUUUUGUGAAUACCUUGAUUCAGUAUUCAAACAAUGGUGUGCGUCUUUUUGCAUUCAACUAACCGCUUGUUACUUUUUGUCUGAUUUAAGAAGGAACUUUUUUAAAAAAUUUAUUUGGAUUAACCAUAUUACGUUUAAAAAAACAAACAUGUACCGGUAUGAGUAAUUUGUUUUUAGAGACUUCAUGAGACCUAUUUAAUUAUUUUUAGCACGUAAUUCUCAUUAUAGCCUGUCUAAAAAGUUCAUCAUUUAAAUGGAGAAAAACAUGCUAAAAUAAUAUUCUGUCAAUUGUUUCUGGAUGACUUUGUGAUACUUUACUUUCUUUUUCUAUUACCAAUUCAUUUGAUUCGUUCACAAUCCUAUUUUUAAAGGAUUUUCACCCUCAAAAUACAAAGUUUCAACGUAUGUGAUAAUUUCUAAGGAAAGUUCAAUUGCUGAACUUUUCUCUAUUGAAAAAUUCAAAAUAUGUUCACAUCCAAUGUAUAAUGAUAAAUUGCUCAUUUAGGUAGAAUCGCAAAACUACUUGUAUCUCUAUUAAGUAUCGAAAGGGGGGUGGGGGAGUUGUACUAUCAUGGUUUCAACUUUCAAGAUCAUAAAGAUACAAGGGUUCUUAAGCUUGAAUCUACGGACCACUAGGUGGUACAUGAAUGUCCAUGAUAAGAUUCCUUGUCCGUAUGUUUGACGUCAUAUGUCACUAGCACAUAUGUUCAAAACUCUAACUUCAGCUUUCAGCUUUCGGAAAUAUUUUUUGUUCAUUUUUAAAGUAAUAUGUGGCUCGUGAUCAAUUUCGUUUAAUUUAUUGACUGUAUCUCAUUACCGAACUGUAACGAUUGCGCUGUUUUACAAGUCCUUAAAGUAGAACUCGGUGACUUGACUAAGUUAUAAAAUCUAUGACGUAGCAGCUUUUAUCACUAGGACUCAUUUGCAUUUAAUGGCAUCAUCACCACACUCUAUCCCACUUCAUCUAUGUUCUUUGUUUGAUUUCAUUUUAAGUAUCAAUCAUUUGCAUAAACUAUGGCGAGGGCGGGCAACGUUGACACUAGAACCAAUAAAUCGUGACGUCUUCCACAGCUCGGUAGAUUCCUAUAAAAGCUGGGACUGACAGUGACAAUAUCACAACGCCUUCCAACCAUCCUAAGAAUCUUCUCACCAAGUCCGAAGACUUCCAAAACCCACCAAUCAAAAUGAUGACCAAAAUGCUUGUGUUUUGCCUGUUUGGCAUGCUGUGCAUCCAGCUGUCCACCCAGCAGACCGGUGAGUAGAAAGUGUUUGUAUGUUUGUAAAAUAGUUUGUUUUGUUUAAAUGUACCUUUUUGUGUUGAAGAUAUAGUGCCUGAUUAGCUUAAUUUAAUGUUGCUAGUGAAGUCUAGCCAACGAAUUUAUUACAUAUAAUUCAUGAUUUGGAAAUUUUCCGUUCGUAUUGGAGGCCUUAUAUCACGUAUACUACUUUUAUCAUGACUAGUAAUGUCUAGAAAAUAAGUGAAUGUUUACAUUUUUAAAAUGGAAACAUCUUAUGUGAUGCACAUUUUUGUAUCGAGUACUCUCAAUGAAGUUGCUUUAACUUCUAUGUAUUUUAUUAGACACAAAUUCAUUUUUAGGCCAUUAGAUUGCGUGAUUAUCUAAUAUAUGUAUAAUAUAUCCAAUUUUCUAACCUAUCAUUGCCCCUUCAUUAAAUGAAUAACCAGGGGAAUGAAUUUAAAAUGAUAACUUACAUGCCCGUCAAGUGAUUCAUUCAUUCAACAGUGUUGUGUUCACGUCAAUCAUUAUUCAACAGUGUUGUGUUCACGUCAAUCAAUGCAGCUAACUAUUAACUAUGUUGUUUUCAGAUUGUUUCAUGUCUUCCAUCUGCAGAAGUGUUUUCAUAUUAUUUUAAUUCUUGAUUCUUUUAUGUAGGGUAAACGCUACUUAUGUAGGGUAAACGCUACUUAUGUAGGGUAAACGCUACUUUUAAAUUAGCAAAGCUAUUCUGUCCGUUUCAUCUCAACUAAUUUUUAAAAAAAUUUCAUCAGAAUGUUAUAUCGGAUAUCUAAUCCAUACUUAUCAUUGCACCUCAAUUCACUUAAAUGUAUUUAUUCACCACAAUCUGAGUUGCUAUAACCAAUCAACUCUUUCAUUUCAUCUACAGCAACUUGUGACCUGGAAAAAGACGCAGGACCUUGCAGGGGAAUAUUCAAGCGCUUUUAUUUCAACAAAGUCACCGGUGCAUGUGAGGAAUUCGAGUAUGGAGGUUGUCAAGGAAACGCUAACAAUUUUGAAACUACCGAGGACUGUCUGGCCGCCUGCCAAGCUGCCAGGAAAAAAUAGAAAAUUUAUAUUGUGAGAAAGAUAUUCACAUUUUAAGUAUGAAUAUCUAAAACCUAUAUCUGUUUUAGGCCUUGAAAAUUCCUUGUUUUGCAUUGAAAAUAUGAAAGACAAAAGAAAUUACAAACAAUAAAGUCAUCCUCUUUGAACUAUUUUUAUUUUAUUAAUUCCAUUGUUUAAUGUGUGCAGAUGUUUUGAUUGUAUUGCUCAUUCAAUCGAUGUUUUAAACUUUUUCUUAACAUUUAAAACAGUCCACUUAUAGUUUUACCCUCAUUAAACACAAUUUAAAAAUAUGACAACAAACAUUCAUCAACAUUUUAUAUGAAAUAAUGACCUCAUCACGAAGCUCUGUGUAGCCGAUCGAUGUAUUUGAAAUCGAUUACCUAUUAGACCAGUUGUUCUAAAACUUUUUCCUGCUACCAAACCUUUGGGCCAUUCACCCACUUUUAGUGUCCUUGGUUUUACCUCUUUAUAAGAACAAAACUAUCACAGUACAAAUUUGCUUGACUAUCGAUGGUAGACAAUAAAAUGCACAAGUUAUUCAAACAGUUGAUAAAAAUACCAAAGAAACUUUAUACUUUCAUAAAUUAAUUUGAUCAAGCCAAAUUUAAUCUUUAUAAAGCAGGAUAAUUAAUGAGCAAAAGCUUUAGAAGAUAAUAUAAUAAGUAUUGCUCACUAACUUCUUCAUUGGUCAAUUAAUAUUCAUGUGAAUGUUGGCCUUGGUAAAGUAAUGACAGCCCUUUUGUUAAUGCCUGAUCAAAGUCUCCUAGCAGAAAGCUCAUUGCGCAUGUCUCUAUGUAUCUCCUAUUUCUUAUCUUUGUCCACUAUUCAUCAAACACAAGAGAAUGCCGCAAAUAGCUUCGUAAACACAGUAGCCAUAUCAGAAUCAUUUCUUAAAUUGUGGGUUUCACUCUACGUCGUCAGGUGCUGAUUACCACCUCCCGCCCUCCCCCGCUCAAACACUUCCAACACUUCCUCACUCCUUCACUUCCUCAGUCCCCCACUUCCCAACUCCCGCUCUUACUGCCCCACUUGCUCACUUCCCCACUCCUCACUUCCUCACUUCCCCACUACCCACACUUUCACUCUAACUAUUCACUCAAUCUCCCCCCCCCCCACGUCCCCACUCCCCAGAUUUCUCUACACUUCCACAUACCCAACUCCCGCUCUUACUGCCCCCCUUGCUCACUUCCCCACUCCUCACUUCCUCACUUCCCCACUACCCACACUUUCACUCUAACUAUUCACUCAAUCCCCCCCCCCCCCACGUCCCCACUCCCCAGAUUUCUCUACACUUCCACAUGCUCACUCCCACGUUUUUUAUUCCCCACCAUUACCCCACUUCCCCACUACUCUACUUCUCCUAAGCAUAAGGGCCUAAUGCAUAAAUCAUUCAAAAUAUUAAAAAAUCCAUCAUCAUAAGAUUUCCCUCAGCCUAAGAACAUCUUAUGUAGUAUGUCCAAAUGAUCUUAAUUUACAAUCGGAUAGCUUGAUUCCUAUAUUUCUAUAGCUUUGAAGAGCCAUUUCGAAACUAUCAUUUAGUUAGCUUAAUUUUGAAAAGUAAGGGAGACAGAGUGGUUUUUAAAGGAUUGAUCUCAUUACCAUGCCACUGACAAUUUCUGCAAAAAACAUCUCUGAUAUACGAGGGAUAUCUUGGUACGAAGCCUUUAGGGUGAGUAACCAGGAGAACUAUGAUCAGAUCCUACUCAGCCUAAGCCUAAUGCUCAAUUUGAGCAAGCAAAUGGCAGGGGACUCAAUAACAAGUUUGGCAAUAUUUGACCUAUUACCCGUAAUUAUUGCCUCCGGCCCAAACAACUACUGACCAUGUCUGUUCACCUCGUCUUGCCUUCAUGCCUACGGUGCAGACUCCGCUUCCUUGUGUUGAUCGGGAUAAUCAAACAUUGCCGUCCGUUGGAGGAACGGUAUUACUCGAUGGCAAAGGCUUAUUGCUUACAUUAGGAUUUAAUAAAGCUUCACGCUACUUAUUCACACUUGACACCUUUCUUGUUUAUGUAAAUGCCAUAUCAACGCGCAUAACACUCUCUGUACCAAUAUCCAAUCACAAUCGCUAAGGUUUGAUAGCGCGCAAAAUAAAAUCCUCGAUGACUGGCGUAAAGGGGAUUCUUAAAAAUACCACAGCUGCGGUUGGUGCGUAUUAUUAUCUCCUUAAUUUUACGGAAAUAGACUCAUUUAAAUAUGUUGUGAUAAAUCUGUGGUAUAAGAUGGGUGAGGGGCAGUUUGUCAAGCAAUCUUAGAAGAUGGGAAGUUCAAACAUUAUGGCCGCCUUUGUUUGGCGGGUUUGUAGCUAAUAUAUUAUAUAAGACUAGGGUUACCGUGUAUCCGAAAGUGUCUACUUUUUAGGCCCCUGGACGGGCGUCGGGGCGGCUUUCCAGAAAUGUGGCCUGUGUCCGGGUUAUUCCCCCUUCCGUCCCCGAUUUAUAACUUCUUACUUAUUAUUCCUUGUCAUAUACUAUACAGUUCAAUGAACUCGACACGCGCGCCAGCAAUAUUUAUUUCAAAGCUGAGGGUUACUAAGUUAACCACCGAAACUUUGGGCUCAGGACGCCUUUUUUUGUAAACAUAACGCAUACAACGAAACUUAAGUGUUUGUUUACAGACGCACUGAAAACCCAAAGCCCAGGUUUUCUUGCAGGUCGAUAUGACUGGGACGCUCAGUGCUUGACAUCCGGCAGGAGAACUUACAUCUCCGUUGCAAAUAAUGGUGCAAGGAGGGGAGGGGGGGGGGUCGAAAAUUUGUGACACUUUGUAACAGGGUGACGUCACUUCUUUUUUGUUUUUUCUUUUUUUUAAAUCUAAAAUUUUCUAAUUUUGAAAAAAAAUCUUUAUUUAAUUAAUUCUAACAGCAUUAAUUUGUGGUCCAAAUUGCCUCAGGUUUAUAGAUACUAUGAAAUUUAGUUUUCUAAUAAUACUAAAUCUUAAUCCAUUAUGGGAAAAUGUUAAGGAAUAAAAUUAAAUCUUAGUUUAGUUAUGAAAAUUCUAUGCAUGUUUUGAAUUUUAUUUAGGUGUGACGUGACACGGGGGAUGGGAGUAAAGAAUAUGUGAUACUUCGUGACAGCGGGAGGGGGAGGGGUCAAAAUAGGUAAUUUUUAGCGUGACGUAAUUUUUGAACGAACCCUAAAAUGCUCAAUAAUGUCUACAAACAUCAUGUAGCUUUGUGUAAAAUUGCCACGAAAACUAAAAUUACUGCACAAAAAGUGAUUUCUAUAAAACAAUUAUAAAAUAUUAUACUAAUUCAUGUUUUAUUUCACCGAAAUCGAAUCAAUUUAAUUCUGAUAAAAUCAAUAUGCUUAUAUGUGAAAAUAUGUAUUCUAAGUUAGAAAAAAUAAUAUAAUAAUUUAAAGACUUAUUUUGUGUUUCAAAUAGGUUACAGAGCGGAAAUUGUUAUACAGUUUUAAGACUAAUUAAAUAGUGUACUUAACUUCCUACAGUCAACUCAUUUUAAUUGGAUGAAAAAAGAAUGUGUACAAUAUUAUAAGAAUAACAAAAUAUUUGAAUCCGUUAACAAUACAUUCGUAAAAAUUUUGAUUUUCUUUCAAAAAUAAAUAAAUGCGUGUUACAGUAAUGUCGGAAAUGGAGUUAAAGUUUUUGGAUACGUUGUGGAAACAGUUCCAUAAGUCUAGGCAUAGACUACCUCAGAACUCAGUGAAGUUGAAAAAAAAAAGGGGGGGGGGGAAUGGUGGAUGCGAUUUCCUUUGAAACUAGGUCCCGUAAGGCGGAUAACAUUGGUACAAUGAAAACUCCUGCGACGCCACUGGUGCCAGGCUGUAUCAUCCACAUGAUGUUCCCUUGGGUUAUCCAGCGGCGUGGAGAGAGGCGAUUUGCUGUAGGGAACCAGCCUAUAAUCCUUGAAGAGUAAUCCCAGGCCUUGCGGGUUUCGUCCUGCGAAUACCACACAUCGUCACCCUGGGACGGACGGAUGCCAGCAAAAAAAAAUAAUAAUAAUAAAAUCAGACACAUAUGUGAAUUGUGUAGCUGAUCUGUUGUAGCUGAUCUGUUGUAGCUGAUCUGUUGUAGUUGAUCUGUUGUAGCUGAUCUGUUGUAGCUGAUCUGUUGUAGCUGAUCUGUUGUAGCUGAUCUGUUGUAGCUGAUCUGUUGUAGCUGAUCUGUUACACACUUUGUUUUCCUCGAGUUCAAAAAAGUAACCAUCAUCUUGGCGUAACAAUUGACAUUGGUCACGACACAGGAAUCGUUUGGGAAUACUUUUGUGCGCUUGUCGUUUCCCAUACACGGUGCGUUUGGAUUUAAUGGACCCCGUGGGUCGUACGCCAUGCAGAAUUCUAUGAUUUCAUGAUUUCUGUCAUUUAGGAUUAAACGUGAAUGUUACAAAUAUGUCAGUUCAGCCAUAUAUUAUGACAAGGACCAUGGCAUCUUGGUAAUUUUGAGCCGUAUUUAUUGGACUCCUUGUGAAGUUUUAAGGCAAUAUAACUUUCUUUCCGAGCAAUGUGUUAACUUCCAGAUUGUGGUUGUUCACAAAUCGAUCUUCAGCUCUUGCUGUGUUUUGAUUUUUGUCGAAACAUUUUGAAACGAUUUGCUUUUGGCCUUUAAAUAGGAAUCAACAAUGAAAUCCUGCAUUGAGGAACUGUUUAAAAUUUGUGGAAAAUGGCCCAAAUUUAUCCUUUUGGAGUGGCUGCCUUGUUUAAUUCGGGGUUCAGAUUACUUACUCUUCCUGUGCCAUAUUCACUUGUCAACUGGCGCUAGGUUUUCCCGAUUCUUCUUUAGAAUUUCGUGUUAUCCGAAUUUGAUAUCUUAUACCCAAAAACUUCACCAAUGCAAACUACAUAGCAGCAGCUGCACAAUUAAUCUCUACACCAAAUUCACAAAAAAUAGCUAUACCGAUAACGGACACAUUAUUUACGCCGUGAUAUUAUAGGCAUUAAAAAAUUCUGAAAACCCGUUGAUUUAAGAAACUUAAAUAUCUAUACAAAAAUUAUUUAUUUUUUUUAAUAUAGCGAAAGUCUGUUUUGAUAUUUACUAAAUAUUCAAUGAAAAUUGUCAUAUAUUUUUUUUUCGAAGAUGCAAUACAUUAAAAAAAUAUUCAGAUAUAUGCCUAAUUAUUUGGAUUUUAGAUGUUGAAACCGCGCGGAAAGAGCCGAUAGAAAGUGGAGAAAUAUGCCUCCAUUUUUACCUCGAUAACAUCGGGCUAUAUAUUCUAGUGUAGUUAAUAUUUAAACACAGGAUAUUGCCCAAUAACUUUAAUGGCUUUAUCACGUUAAAAAAAUCGAGGAAUAUUUUUAAAUAUCCAUGUGACAGUUUGCUUCGGUGUCUUAGAGAAAUAGGACAAGUUUUAAAAAAUGGUCAGAAAACUGGUACAACAUUCGCUACUUUAAGCCAACGUCUCUAGAAGAGGGAUAUUCAGGAUCAUGGGUGGUGGUUACGUGUCCCGCUCUACAGAUCUCACAUUGUUACCGUCAGCCCCAUGUUUCUUGAUCCAUCAGUGACCAGGACGACAAUGGUUAUGUCAACGUUUCUAAAUACCACAUGUGAGAAACGUGUUCUCCACAAGGGCCAGACGCCUGAAAAGGUUCUGUAGUAGGGUUUGGCCACCUACGGCACGUGUGCCAGACUUGACACGCAGGGCGACUUUCAAUUACACGCAGAAGAUAAAGAAAAUUAUGAAUUAAGAGUAAAAAAUGAUGCCUUUUUCAGGGAAGGUUUUUGCAUGAAUUAAGCCUCCAACGUUUGCACAAUAUUACCAAAAGAUUGUAAACCCUUGUCUAAAGAAGCGAAACUCUUCUCUAGAAGCGCAUAUAUCCUAUAGCACUAAUGUCCGAUGGAAAAGAAUUUUUUAAUAAAAUUGCCUCCAAUAUGCAUGCAAAACAUUUAUAGGUUUAUUCUGUAUUCUCUCAAAUAAAUGAAUUUUAAUUUCAGUCCAGUAACGUAAUCAGAGGCGUAGCGAGGGUGUUAGGCGCCCGGGGACAAGAUUCGCGCCCGGGAACAAGAUCCAUUUUAAAGCGCCCUCUUUUAUUUUUUUCAACUCACAAACCCAUUAUUUUUACCAAUAAUAUAAUAUUAAAGCCAAUUUUGGCGCCCCUAACUAGCUUGCGCCGGGGACAUCUGUCCCCCCUGCCCCCCCUCGCUACGCCUCUGAACGUAAUAAAUAUAUUGCAGCACCAGAUACUAGAAUGAAUGCUACAAAACUAAAGUCUUGCCAUGGAUGUGAGGAUACUUUGAUUCUUUAUUAUCUCUUUAAACAUUUCUGUAUAUUUUUUUUUUAAUUUUUUAUUUUUUUUGCAAUAAACUAACCAUUAGUUUCUUAUUUUCGUUUUUGGAAAGUACAUUUUAAAACUUUUGUGGUGGUUAACUUUCUUCUUAAAUAAUGCAUUCCUUUAAUUAGUUCUGUUUCGAGAUGUUUAAGGAUUCGAUCUUUCCCUCAAAUUUACGUUGCUUUAUAGUAUCUACUUAUCAUCAAGAAAAAAACGUAUUUUAUAAACAUUUCUCGACUAAAAAUGUUAUUAUCAAACCUACGGAAUUAUGUUUUAGGACUUAACUCAGUUGUUUUUUUUUUUUUAUAUAUCAGGCCUAAAAGAAUUCAUCUCUUCAAAAGGACAAUAUAUAUUUCUAAAUAUAUCUAAUCAGACUAUAUUCCGUAAUUUGUAAUUGGAUGAAUGACAAUAUUCCCGAUUUUGUGGUGGUUGACUUUCUUUUAAUGUAACGCAUUCAUUUCAUUCGUUUAGAAUCCUAUGUUUAAGGAUUUGAUUUUUGGGGGGAAAAAAUGCUCUUAAACGUACUUUAUUUUAACGUAUCUACAUAACACCAAGACGAAAGGUAUUCCUUUAACAUUUCUCUGCACAAAAUUCCAUGAUUGAUCACGAUCAAAACACGAUGAAAAAUGUGCUCUUUUGGGGGGGUAAUCGAGUAAUUACUUAUAUUUCUUUUAGUAUUGAAGAAAAAAUGUAGAACGAUAACCGUUGCGUCAUUAAAUAUAACAAAAUAUGAGGGUUCUUAAACUUGAAACUACGGACCACUAAGUCGUACGUGAAUUUGCGGUAUGGGAUCCAUUGAUUCACGAGUUUAUAUGUCUGACGUCCUCUGGCACUAGCGCAUAUGUUAAAAGUCUAACUUCAGUUUUCAACUAUCUGAAAAAAUAUUUGGUGUUUAAAGUAAUAUAUGGCUCUUGGGCAGACUCGUUUCAUUUAUUCACUGCAUCUCAUUACCAAAAUGUUUGCGUAAGUUAGCUAUGACGUAGCAGCUUUUAUCACUUGGUCUCAUUUGCAUUUAAUGGCAUCAGGAUCAGACGCUAUCCCACUUCAUCUAUGCUGUUUGUUUGGUUUCAUUUUAAGUAUCAAUCAUUUGCAUAAACAAUGAUUUGGGGGGUGGGGCAACGUUGACACUAGAACCAAUAAAUCGUGACGUCUUCCACAGCUCGGUAGAUUCCUAUAAAAGCUGGGACUGACAGUGACAAUAUCACAACGCCUUCCAACCAUCCUAAGAAUCUUCUCACCAAGUCCGAAGACUUCCAAAACCCACCAAUCAAAAUGAUGACCAAAAUGCUUGUGUUUUGCCUGUUUGGCAUGCUGUGCAUCCAGCUGUCCACCCAGCAGACCGGUGAGUAGAAAAUGUUUGUAUGUUUGUAAAAUAGUUUGUGUUGUAUAAUAAGUUGUCUUCCAUUUGUAUUAGAGAUUUCGUACCUGAUUAACUUACUUUAUAGCAAUUGAAUUCUAGCUAAUGAAAUUAUUAAGAAUAAUUCGUGCUGUUGCUUUUUUUCUCCUUUUGUAUUUGAGACCUCUUAUCAAAUGUACUUCUUUUAUCAUUGCUUGUUAUGUCCUGAAAAUAAAGUGAUUUUUUUUUAUUAUGUUGAAGACAUUAUGUGUGAUAGACAUUUUUUAUCAUGGCUAGUGAGUCCAGUCAAUGAAGUUGCUCUACAUCUGUUUAUAUUAUUAUUUCAUUCUGCACAAUUUGCAUUUUUAGACUCUGAGAUUGCGUAAAAAUAUUUAUGUAUCCAAUUAUUAUCCAGCAUUUCACCUUCAUUAAAUAACCAGGGUAAUGUAUUUAAAAAGUAAACUUACAUGCCCAGUAGUAUUUUAAGAUAUGUGUCAAAUUACUCAUUAAAACUCAGAUUAACAUUGUGAAGAUCUGAUUGAAAUAAGUUGUUUCUAGGGUAGAAUGAAAUGUAAAUAUAAACACCGGUGAGGUCAAGAUGUUUCAUAAACAUCAUCAACUUAUGACAUCUUGUGAAACAUUCAUAACAUCAUCAACCUAUGACAUCUUGUGAAACAUUCAUAACAUCAUCAACCUAUGAAAUCUUGUGAUACAUUCAUAACAUCAUCAACCUAUGACAUCUAGUGAUACAUUCAUAACAUCAUCAACCUAUGACAUCUAGUGAUACAUUCAUAACACCACCAACCUAUGACAUCUUGUGAUGCAUUCAGCCGACGGUGUUGGGUUCACGCCAAGCAAUGCAGCAAUCAUGUGGCUGUUUCAUUCAGUAUUUUAUUUUAAAAUAGCAAAUCUAUUCAUCAGAAUCUUGUAUAAUAUAACUAAUCCGAUCUUAACAUUUCACCUAAACCCACUUAAAUGUAUUGAUUUACUAGAAUCUGAUUGUCUAUAAAUAAUCCAUUCUUAACAUUUCAUCUACAGCAACUUGUGACCUGGAAAAAGACGCAGGACCUUGCAGGGGAAUAUUCAAGCGCUUUUUUUUCAACAAAGUCACCGGUGCAUGUGAGGAAUUCGAGUACGGAGGUUGUCAAGGAAACGCUAACAAUUUUGAAACUACCGAGGACUGUCUGGCCGCCUGCCAAGCUGCCCGGAAAAAAUAG